CUAAUAUAUCUGCCUUCCAUUGUCUGUUGCCUUGAAGAAAAGCCUGGUGACGGUGGCAAAUUGGCCCGUGCUUCUGGAAACUAUGCCACAGUUAUCUCCCACUAUCUUGAAACUAAGAAAACCUGCGUGAAGCUGCCUUCUGGUUCUGAGAAGGUGAUCUCUUCUGCAAACAGAGCUGUUCGUGGCAUUGUUGCUGGUGGAGGUCGUAUUGACAAGCCUAUCCUAAAGGCAGGUCAUGCCUAUCACAAAUACAAGGCAAAGCGAAACUGCUGGCCACAUGUCCGUGGUGUGGCUAUGAAUCCUAUAGAACAUCCCUUUGGUGAUGGUAACCAUCAACAUAUUGGUAAGCCUUCAACCAUCAGGAGAGAUGCUCCAGCUGGUCGCAAGGUCAGUCUCAUUGCUGCCCGUCGUACUGGUAGACUGCAUGGAACCAAGACUGUGCAGGAGAAGGAGAACUAAUGUCUUUCAAUACAGUUUACACAAUAAAAGUCUUUAA